UUAGCGUGUGUAAUGCACGUGAAAGACGUAGAUUGUGUGAGACAGUUGGUGAAUGCUGGUGCUGACGUCAAUGAUCAGAAUGAAAGAGGGCAGACAUCGUUAAUCUACGGUUGCAUCUUAAAUAAACUAGAAAUGAUCUCUGUACUAUUGCAGCAGAAUGAUCUUGACGUCAACAAAAUUGACGUAGAUGGGAAUACAGCUUUGAUGUACGCGUGCGCUUUGGGUCACACACAGGCCGUAACACGUCUGUUGGAUUCACAUAGUCUUGGGGAGCAUUCAUUGGAUUUAAAUAUUAAAAAUAACGAUAAUAUGACUGCGGCUGAUCAUGCCACCGACAGAGGCCACAUGGAUAUUAUUAAGUUAUUAUCAGAUGCCGCCCCUAACAAAGGUGAAAUUUGUCCGGAUGUGAAAGAAAAUAAUUGGAUUGAAAUGAAACCAAUCUCGGAUCACUCUCCAACAGGAAAAACCCGUCAAGCCAGGCGCGAUAAAAUGCAGAAAACAAUCGAUAAAGUUCGCAGACAUUCGUUUGUUAAUUCACCGGAAAUGAAACUUAACCUUGCACCCCGUCCCCUGGAGCCUACUAUCACGGUUACUGCGCCUGGCGAAGAAAGUCAUACUUUGGUUAGUUUUGAUGACGAAACUAGCCCAAAAACUCGACAAAAGCGCCUCCCAACAUCACCCACGUCUCUUAAAAAAACACCGGUGUGGGAGAUGGAGGAUAACUCAAGUGAUUUGGACUAUGAUGACUUUAGUUUAGAGAGUCUGGGUGAUCUUGUCAAAACUGUCCGUCAGUGUGCCCAAGAAAUUCGCGAAAUCUAUGCACCUCUUAAAACCCCCAUUCAUCUCAUGCCACCUAAAAACGAAAGACGACGAAAGGAGAAGAAAGGAAAAGAGGGUGCCAAACUUAAAGCUAAAAAUACGGUAGUAAAAACUGACUCAAUUUUACUGGAUAUACCGCCUGACACGCCACGUGCGCGGCCACAAACUCUGUCGGACGAGGAAAGAAACCUAGGUGACCUUGACGUUCUAUCUCAAACGUGGCCACGUCAUAAAGAAGAUCGCGUGAAUCAGAGACCGGAACUGUUAGUAAAGCGUUCUGUCAGUAUGUCGCCAUCUCAAUAUUCUGCUAAACCUAGGCCCCGUCCCCCAGUCGUUAUCGAAGAAAAGCGGUUGUUUGGGCGAAUGAUCGAUCGAUUCACCAACAGAAAAAAUCAAAAACAAUCCGCAACAAUUAACAUCGAUCAACCUGGUACAUCCGGGUUACAAGACGCCAAGCUACAAAUAUCCAGCAUAGACCAAAAUCUUAAUAAACUACCCCUUAUUCAAGGCGGUGGUAGACGGCAGAGUAAAGAUGGGCAUGACAACCCCGGCUACGCUGUUGAAGUAAUACAACCUAAAACGGAAUCUCUAGAGAGAUAUUGAAUAUAGACGCGUCAUUUUCUGGAUACGAAUUUCUUGAUUUUGUUUAAUGUAUAUCCAGUGUUACCCAAUCUGGGGUCAACGGGCCUCUUAGUGGUCCGUGGAAAAUUAUUAGGGGGUCCACUAAGUCAACUGGGCCAGCAGGAUAUCCGCCGAGAAAACGGUGGCCCGCAAAAAAAAAGUUGUGGAUAUUCGGACAAUAACGUAUAGUACCCUAGCUAACACCACAAUAAAAUUAAUAAGAAUGAUGUUCCACGUUAUAAAGGGUGCAGGGGGGCGAAUGGUUAAGGCAUGCGAGUUGGAGCAGACGAUCUGUCAUGGAGUCAAGGGGCGUGGUUUCGAUUCUCCGCUUGUACGUGACAAGGCGAAGGGUACCUCGUAGGUUUUCUCCGGGUCCUCCGGU